AUGCCUCCGUUUCCCACGCUGCCCCCGCGGCCGUCACGCCGUCUCGACGGAAAAGUCGCCAUUGUCACCGGCGCAGGGAGCCUCGGAGACGGCCUCGGCAACGGACGUGCCAUAUCCCUGCUCCUCGCCGGCGACGGCGCCACGGUGCUCUGCGCGGACCGGGACUUGGCUGCGGCAAAGCGCACGGUCGAGAUGAUUGUCCAGGAGGGAGGCAGCGCGGCUUCACUAUGCGCGGACGUGAGCACAGAGGGGGAUUGCGAGAAGCUGGUCAAGACGGCGGAAGGCUUGUUUGGGAGACUGGAUAUUCUGAUCAACAAUGUGGGCAUCAUGGGCGCAACGGGAACGGCUGUGGAGGCGAGUGCUGAGGAGUGGGCCAUGGGAUUGAGCAUCAAUGUGACGGGCAUGGUGCUCAUGGCCAAAUAUGCGAUUCCGCUGAUGAUCAAAAAUGAGCCUGGGGAUGGAGGUAUCAGGGGCAACGUUGUCAACUUGGGGUCUAUAGCAGGCCUGCAAGGAGGGACGCCGCAUCUGUUCUAUCCAACGAGCAAGGGUGCGGUGGUCAACAUGACACGGAGCAUGGCGUAUAAUCACGGACGACAAGGGAUACGGGUCAACUGCGUGUGUCCAGGAUUCCUCUAUACGCCCAUGGUUGCAGGCAAUGGCAUGACGGAAGAAGUACGUGAAAUGCGCCGUAACCAAGGCAUGUUAAAUACAGAGGGCAAUGCGUGGGACUGCGCAGCGGCAGUGAGGUUUCUGGCGAGUGAUGAGGCGAGAUGGAUCACAGGGACGACGAUUACGGUUGAUGCUGGGGUGACGUCUUCAUACAUCAUGCCUGAGUGA